AGCACUACUAUCUCUCACUUGCCUGCUUGUCUCCAGCAGCAGUGGUGAGCAGGAAUGAGCAGUCUGCCUGGAGCUGACAGCUGCAGCCCCAUGGGUUGGGAGGAACAGCUGCCACCCGCACUGGGGCUCAUCUUCUGGUGCAUUUUCUCCUCCUACUUGCAUGUGUCACGUACCGAGGAGUAUCAGAAUGCUGAGAAUGCUGACCCAGCCUCCCCAACCCUUGGAUUAAAGACAUAAGAAGAAAGCUAUCAGUCACAUUCUGGAUCAUGACUAUUCUGUACUGGAUUCCCCAAAGGCAAAUCAAUCAUUUCCAAAGGCAGCUAAGUCCUUGAUUAAAGAUCAAGAGGAAGACAAAGUAGUGAGUAGCCUUCUCCAAUCUAGGAUAUGUCAGAACUUGUUUGAAAACUUGCUUGGUGUUUCUCAUUGGUUAUUUUUUUUUUUUUGUUGUUAUUGCUAUUGUUAUAUUAUUUGCUUUUUUGAGGUGUGGUAAGUAAAUGUUUAAAAUAAGCAGUUUUUUUAAUCCAGACAUUAAGAGUUAUAUAAGAGCUAUAUCAAGCCUUGUUAACAAAAAGCUUUCUGCUCUAGGAUUAGUAUGCAAACUAAUUAAUUAAAGCAGAAGAACUUACUGCUUGGCGUAUAGCUUAGAAAGGGGAGACCAGAAAGCAUUGUGUUUGUGAGCCAUAACAUUAUAACACUUGCACACCUCAUUUGGCUACAAAGGUGGGCUAUUUUGGAGACACUGUGCCUGAAAUCACACACUCAUUCUAUGAAAGAAGAGUUGCUCCAGAGCUUGUGAAACUUCUGACAGAAGGCGCGUUCUUCAUGUCCCCGGUAAGUCUGAAGUGAGACACAGAUCAUGUUUAAAGCCUAAGCUCACAGGCCCAGGAGACUAUGGCUAUCCUUUCAAUCUGUCCCUCUUUCUUUCCUCUCUGUUGAGGAUACACUCUUAAUCUCCACAACAAAUAAUAUUAAGAAUUCUAGUUCAGUACGUACUUCUCUGUGGCUCCUGGGUUUGCUGAUGGUCAUCACAAAAUGGGUACCACAAAAUGCCUGGUGGAUCUGUAUUCAGCUGUUACCUACUUGUGAUAUCCUUGCGACCUUAUUAUUGUCCCUCCUCAAUACAUUCGUAGGCAUUUAUUGUUAGAAUAAUUGUAGUUCCUUCUCACAUUCUCCAUGUUAAAAAGCCUCUGCUUCCUAAGCUGCCUAUGAAGCGGCACAUCCAUUUUUAAAUAAAUUAAUUUGCAUGUGUAGAAGAGUACAUUUAGUCUACACCUACAAUAUAAAGCUUUUUUUAACCUACAGAUACUGCUCAUAAGACUACUUUUAUAUAUAUAUAUAUAUAUAUAUAUCACCUAAAACUUGGUUCAGAACUGUUAUAAUGACUGUAGCAAGUUCCCACAAAGGACUUUGAAGUUAUUUAGUAGCAUAAUGUGUGCUCUGCAUUUCUGAAAUGGUUGGAUAGUUGACAGCCAAUGUAUGAAUUUUGGAGGCUAAUUUUAGGUUACAGUAAUCUUGCCCUGUGCCUGAGAACUUGAUCCCAGAUGGUCAGGUCAGCCACUGCCAGGACAAGUUGGGAGAAUGGCUCUGAUGCUCUGCACCUGUGCAGAACGUGACAGCUGGGCACGUUUGUGUUCACUUGAUUUUGGAGCUGUUCAUGAGGCUUUUGUCAGUCAUUUAUACAGUUUUCCCCGAAAGCAUUUGGGAGAUUUUCCUUGCAAUAAAAAAGUGGAACAAAUUAGCCUUAGAGAAAAGGAAGAAAAAGAACAGGUAAAAUCACAGGAAGAUAAAAUUCAGCAAGUGUUGAAAUGUACUUUUAAUUACAGCUCAUAUAUGUGGGUUUUUUGUUUGUUUUGUAAUCCUAAGUAGCGGACAUUAUUGUAAACUUCAAGUGAGUUUGAAGAAAAAGGCAAAGCCCCAUUGCUGCCCUGUAAUCCAGCUGGAUUUGCAAUGUAUAUACAGCAGAGUUGGGUUUAGCUGAGAGGUUGGCUCUCUACAUUCUUCUCACUAAGGUGGUUCAUUGCUAAACUAUAAGCAUGUGCUAUAAAGAAUGACUCACAGUCUUGUAGGCCAGGAUGCUUUUCUUGCUUUUUCCAUUGAGCGUUUUUUAUAUCCUACACAGAUGUAAAAAUAAGCACUUUUGUUGACUUCCCUAUCAUCUAGUACUGGGAAAGUAAAUCUGAAAUUAUUUUGAUUGCAUUAAAAUAUAUUUUCUAUGAUUAAAGAAGAAUUGGUUCAUUGCCAUCUACAAUAAACUUUUAAGUUUUGUGUUUAUACGUUGAUGUAUAUAGCACUGCUACUCAAUAUAGUAACAUAUUAAAGGGAAACAACUGAGUUUUGUAGAAUAGUGUUACUUAAGUAAAUAAAAAUGUACGUGAUGUUCUUAUUUAAAUGAAUGAUUUAUUGCAGUUUGAGAGAAAGCCAACAGCUUUGUGAGGAAGCAAGGUUUUGGGGAACUUAGUGGUUUGGAAGUGGGAGCUUAGGUAGGAAAAUGGUUUUCCUUUUUCUUCCCCUACUCUUGGUAGGUGAAAUAAGACAUAGGAAGAGAAAGGGCAAAAGAAGUUGUGAGCAAGGCUAGGAAGUAGCAGGUCCCUUUGAGCAAACCUUCAUUUUGCUUUUCCUAGUGGCAGUAGUACACAGUGUCAGUGCCAACCCUGCUGCUGUGCAGAUUGCUCCCAUUAGCACCGGCAUUACCUCCCUUCCUCCCUCACCAUCGCAGCCACAAUGAGCUGUGCCAGCUCUGGUCCCAGCCAAGACCUUGUUCAGCUUUAUUUCUCUUUGAAUUUGGUUUUAUUAUACAGCAGUCUAGUAGUGAAAAGGUAUUCACACUUGUCUGCAGUGCCUACAUGGAUGAUGUGAAUGGUUUAAUUCAGUGUCCAGCAGUAAAUUGCUGGAAAAGUUUUUUUUUUCAAGUUGUUUAAUUCUCAUUAAAAUGCUUUGAUAUUCAGUAACUUCCUCUGUAUACAGUUCUGUGCUCUCAUCCCUCAAAUAUGUUUCUAAUUACUCUAUAUAUUUGCUACCUCUUCUGUUUCAGUGCCUUUUGAAAUGAUGCUCCCCACUAGCAAAAUGUCAGGUAAAUGAAAGAGUAAGAGAGGAGGGAAUGCUGUAUUAAUUGUUCAAAAAGGACUUCUGGAUUCCUCCCAGUUGUCCUGGGCUUCCAAAAAGGGCAACAAGAAAGCAAAACAGACGUCUGAAAAGCUCCCCCACUUCAGACCUGAGGACGGAAGCAGACAGAAAGGGAGCUCAGUAACUGCAAAGAAGAGCAAGGAUGUCAGCCCUUCAACUUCAUUGAUAUUGCCAUCCAAUAACUCUGCUGUCAUCACAAAAACUAUUACCAGAACAUUUCCUUUUAAGCAGAAAAUGCACUUAGUCAAUGCUAAGGCCCAUCAUCUGCAAAAUAUCAACAAGCAAUCAAAAAGAAUAAAAGAUGUGGAGAUCCAAAUGCUGCAGGUGGAGCGCGAAGAACUCAAAAAUCAGCUAGGAUGCCUAAGGGAAGGCCUGAUGGGGCAGAAGCCGGGCAACACAGAAGAGCUGUUGAAACAAUCUCAGAAAGAGCUGUUGUGGCUUCAGAGACAAUUGUCACUUAUCUCCACAGGAAGCUCCAUGUGUGUUUUGGCAGCUAACAAGUUUGGAAAUGAUCCAUCAUGCCUGCAGUCUGCAACAUCAGAGUGUACAUCUGAUCAGGUUGAGUUUAUAGAAGAGACCUGGAUUUCUAAGUCUCAUGUCACCACAUUAAAUCAAGAGUAUCAUCAUUGGCAGUAUUCAAAAAAUGAACUGAAGGAUGCUGUGCAAGAGAAGAAUCGCCUGAGCCUUCAGUAUGCAAUUGUGUCACAUAAAGCCCUGCAAUAUGACCAGGUGAAGUCAGACUAUGACCAUCUUAGAGAAACCCUUAUCAGAGUAACAAAAGAACGAGAUUUGGCUGUAAAGGGAAAACACCAGCUCCAAGCCAAGCUGGAGAACUUAGAGCAGGUCCUAAAGCAUAUGCGAGAGGCUGCUGAACGGCGGCAACAGCUGGAGUUGGAGCAUGAGCAAGCCUUGGCUGUCCUCAACGCCAAACAGCAGGAAAUUGAACUCCUGCAGAAGGCUCAGGUUGAAGCUAAGAAGGAACAUGAAGGAGCAGUUCAGUUGCUAGAGGCCAAGGUCCGAGAGCUAGAGGAAAAAUGCCGGACACAAAGUGAACAAUUCAACCUCUUGUCCAGGGAGCUAGAGAAGUUCCGGCAGCAAGCAGGGAAGAUUGAUCUCCUGAGCAGUAACCCACUGACAUCCUCAGAUAUCUCUGGUUCUCCCAGUAAAUCUCUAUCCCAGUUAAUGAAUGGAAUAGCCACUUCUUUAGGCAAAGGUCAUGAAAGUCCUUCUGGAAGUCGUUGUGUAAUUUCGGAGUUUAUACGUCCCCUUCAAAUAUCUGGAGACAAACCAGAACAAUUGUCUGUCAAACCUACAUUCCUGUCAAAGUCAAGAUCUGAUACCCCAAGAUGCAGAUUUGAUUCAGACAUGGAUAAUGAUCAGAAUUCCAAUACCUCGAAGCAGAGAUAUUCUGGGAAAGUCCAUCUUUGUAUUGCACGUUAUAGCUACAACCCUUUUGAUGGACCAAAUGAAAAUCCAGAAGCAGAGCUCCCUCUUACGGCAGGAAAGUACCUUUAUGUGUAUGGAGAUAUGGAUGAAGAUGGCUUUUAUGAAGGGGAGCUCCUAGAUGGACAGAGAGGACUUGUCCCUUCGAAUUUUGUGGAUUUUGUUCAAGACAAUGAGACCCGUUUAUCGAGCACAUUAAGCAGUGAACAAGAUCAGAAUUUCAUCAACCAUUCGGGUUCUACUUUGGAAGGAGAUAUCCUGGAGAUAAGUCCACCAAGUCACAUAGACUCUAGCGUAAUCAGCAACGGUGCAGGGACUCUGGAUGUGAACAUUGAUGAAAUUGGAGAAGACAUUGUGCCUUAUCCUAGAAAAAUCACCCUUAUUAAACAACUAGCCAAAAGUGUCAUUGUGGGCUGGGAGCCACCAGUAGUGCCACCCGGAUGGGGAACCAUUAACAGCUAUAAUGUUCUGGUUGACAAAGAAGUACGGAUGAACAUAGCCUUGGGAAGCAGAACGAAAGCUCUUAUAGAAAAGCUUAACAUUUCUACUUGUACAUACCGAAUCUCAAUUCAGAGCAUUACAAACAAGGGUAACUCAGAUGAACUGCAGUGCACUUUGUUAGUUGGGAAGGACGUCGUUGUAGCCCCCUCUAACCUUAAGGUGGACAACAUAACCCAGAUUUCUGCUGAGCUAUCCUGGCUCCCUACCAACAGUAAUUACAGUCAUGUCAUUUUUCUUAAUGAAGAAGAGUUUGACAUUGUCAAAGCUGCUAGCUACAAGUACCAUUUUUUUAAUUUGAAACCCAAUAUGGCCUACAAGGUGAAGGUCAUGGCAAAGCCCCAUCAGAUGCCCUGGCAGCUUCCCCUAGAACAACGAGAAAAAAAAGAAGCCUUUGUGGAAUUUUCUACGUUGCCAGCAGGUCCUCCAGCUCCACCUCAAGACGUUACUGUCCGGGCCGGAUCCACCCAAGCAACCAUACAGGUGUCCUGGAAGCCACCAGCCCUGACAGCAACAGGGACCUCCCAUGGUGCCAAUGUCACAGGCUAUGGUGUUUAUGCGAAAGGUCAACGGGUGGCAGAGGUGAUCUUUCCAACAGCAGAGAACACACUGGUGGAGCUAAUGAGACUAAGAAACCUUGAAGCAAAGGAAGUUACUGUUCGAACACUCUCUGCGCAAGGGGAAUCAGUGGACUCUUCUGUUGCUGCCAUUCCAUCUGACCUACUGGUGCCUCCAUCCCCUCACCCCAGAACUGCUCCCAAAUCUAAGCCAUUAGCAAGUGCCGGAGCCCCAGAAACCAAAGAAGAACAUUUAGGUCCACAUUUAAAAAUAGAUGAGUCAUGGGAGCAGACUCAUUCAGCAUCCCCUGUUCAUGGGCACACACUUGAGCCACCUGUCCCUAACUUUCACAGCUCACUUCAGGGGAGAAGAUCUCCAUCACCUAACCGAAUACUCCCUCAACCUCAAGGCACACCUGUCCCAAAUACUGUUGCAAAAGCCAUGGCAAGAGAAGCUGCACAGCGAGUUGCAGAGAGCAAUAGGAUGGAGAGGAGGAGUGUUUUUAGUGAAAGGAGCAAUGCAGCACAGUACGCUAACUCAGAUGAUGAGGAAGAUGGAUAUGAUUCUCCUAAUGUCAAAAGGAGGGGGGCUUCAGUUGAUGAUUUCCUGAAAGGAUCAGAACUUGGAAAACAACCUCACUAUUGCCACGGUGAAGACUACCAUACAGAGAGCAGCAGAGGUUCCGAUUUGUCUGAUAUUAUGGAGGAAGACGAGGAAGAGCUGUACUCUGAAAUGCAGCUGGAGGAUGGAGGAAGACGACGAGUCAGUUUGACUUCACACAAUGCACUUAAGGAGUGCAAUAAGAAUAAGACCACUGACGCCACUUUUUUGGAACAACCUGACUUUUCACAGCAGAUACAUCACAGUAAAAAGCUUUUCAGUAUUCCAGAAGUAGCUGAAGAGGAUGGUGAAUACUCUGAACUGCUGUACAAGCAGGGUUUAGGUAUGCCCUAUAAAAAGAAAUCCACAAUAGCUAGAGACUCUAGACCACCUAGGCCCUACAAUCAAGAUCAGCAGCACAACUUCUGGUACCCAGCCAAGCACAGAAUUUCAGGCAUGGAGGAUUUUACUGCAGAUGACAAAGGAUGCAAGUAUAGCCGGUCCUUAUCAAGAAGCCCAGACAGUGGACUAGACUGUGGAAGUGAAGAAGAAGAAUCUCGCUUUACGUUCAGAUAUACUUGCGAUUCAGUUUCUGCCAAUGUUGCAUCUAGCUGUUGUGCAGACACUGCUGAUUGUUCCUGCAGGAAAAGCAUGAGGCCAUUGCUUGCUCGCAGGAAAACUUUAACAAGGCAAACCAGCAUUGAAGAAGAUUUUGGUGACUUGGGAUCUUCCUUUGUAGAGCCCAGGAGUGAACAGGUCAAGUCCAGUUACGAGAAAAAGUAUGAGACUCAGAAAUGUAAUAGAACAGAUAAUUUGUCAAAUGAAGAUAUUCAGGGAGGCUGGAAGAACGACUUAAAAAUGGCUGACUCUAGGGCAGCUGGUCCACUUGCAAAGUCAUCCCACAGAGAUGCAGAAGACUCUCUGCUUUUAGGUAAUCCAUCAUCUGCAGGACGGCCUGAAAGGGUGGAGCAUGCAGGGCGAAGGUCCUCUCAUGGCAGUGCAGUGCCACAAAGGUCUCGACCAAUGUUGGUCCCUUCCAUUGAAAUUACAAUGGACAGUAACAGUGAAGGCGGGCGGUCUCGGUCAGGUAGUGAGGGAAAUAUUUCACCUGUAAAAGAAGAAGCUUAUUAUCGCAGCAUUGGUGGACACAAGAAAUGGCCUCAGCAGCGUACCAUGGCCUCUGAAUAUAGAUACGAUGGCUAUGGUGGCCAUGACCAUCUUUCUCCAGAUAUUUAUGAAGAAUCAGAAACAGAUCCUGGAACAGAAGAUAUUUCUACUCGAAUAUUUGUUGCACUCUUUGACUACGACCCGCUGACAAUGUCCCCAAAUCCUGAUGCUGCAGAGGAAGAGCUGCCAUUUAAAGAAGGACAGAUCAUUAAGGUUUAUGGGGACAAAGAUGCUGAUGGAUUCUAUCGUGGAGAAACGUGUACAAGAAUUGGCCUUAUCCCAUGUAAUAUGGUCUCUGAGAUCCAAGCAGAUGAUGAGGAGAUGAUGGAUCAGCUUCUAAAACAAGGUUUUCUUCCUUUGAACACACCGGUGGAGAAAAUAGAAAGAAACAGGCGGAGUGGCAGGCAGCAUUCAGUGUCUACAAGGAGGAUGGUAGCACUGUACGAUUAUGAUCCAAGAGAAAGUUCUCCUAACGUUGAUGUAGAGGCUGAACUUACAUUCUGCACAGGGGACAUUAUCACUGUCUUCGGUGAAAUUGAUGAAGAUGGAUUUUACUAUGGUGAGCUGAAUGGCCAGAAGGGGCUGGUUCCUUCCAACUUUCUUGAAGAAGUGCCUGAUGAUGUUGAAGUCUAUCUAUCUGAUGCACCCUCACGAUACCUUCAUGAUACACCGAUACGUACAAAAGCAAAAAGGGUUCCUCCUGAGAAUACAGGUACAUCAAGGAGAGCACCAUCCCCCACAGUUCAUCUCCAUUCUGGGUCACCUACGUCACCUAUGGGUUCUGGUAGUCCCGGGAGAGGCAGGGAUAUGUCCUCGAAAAAGAAAAAGGGGCUGCUUUCCAAAGGCAAGAAACUGCUGAAAAAGCUUGGUGCAGUGAAAUGAUUCAUGUGCUCCUGGACAACUUGUAAAGCUUCCAGUCUGUGUAUUUUUUUUUUUAAAUACCAAAACUAGGGCUUUCAUGACUAUGCAGUACAACUUUACCACACCUGCAUUUUUAACUCUGACAUCAAUAGAAUCAUCUGGAUUGCUUAAAACAGCAAGAAAAAAAAAAGGUUUUUCUUUAAAUUACAAAAAAACAAACACAAAACCCAAACAACAGCUUUGUGGAAUUAAGACCAGAAGAACAUGGUUUUGUUUGAAGUGUAUUCAGCACCUGCAAGUAUUGGAUAAAUCUCAGCCUUUAGUCUCCUUUAACCAUAUGUUAGGGAAAAAAGCAACCAUUAAUUCACUGAUUCCCACUUCAGAGAUCAUCCCCACAGUGUCUAACCUUACUCAUUAAAAAAAUGGUCUUGAAACUCCUAGUUUAAUCAGCCUUGAUGUUUUGCCUUAUUAAUGCACAAUGAUUUGUACUGUCUAAUAAAUAUACAACAUAUACUUUGUAUGUACUGUGUAUUCAACUGUCUUCAUCCUCCCUAAAUCAUGGUAAUUUAAGAUCAAAUACAAUGUCGCUGACUCCAUUCAGUGUCUGAUGUAACUCCUGGGAGUUGGAAAGUGUUGCGCAAAAUGCUUUUUUUUUCUGUAUUUUUUUUUUCUCCUUUUUCCAAACCAAAACUCUUCUAUGGAUUUAUUUUGUCAAGACAGUCACUAAACUGAAAUCCAACACAUUCUAAGUUAUUCAGAGCCUCACCCUCAGUUUCAAGCGUACAAAUUCCACCAACUCCAGUUCUGGAGAUCCUGGCUCACUGUUCUAAAUUACCACCAAUAGUAAUAAUAAUAAUACCUUUGCUCCCCAACUUUGCUGGUGGAGGUACAGCCCGAAUCAAAAGGCAUUUUUCACGCUGGUGAUGUCAGAUUCAAGGUAAAAUGCAUGUCUCACAUCAAAGAUGUGCUACAUACACAAGCCGUAGCCAGUAAAAAGGCUGCAACAGGUGAUAAAAUAAUAACUGCAAUAUUGGCAUCUCAAUAAGAAGAAUCUUACACUGAUGGCAGUCAUUGGCUGUUACUAUUUUGUAAUUCUUGUCCAUUUGUAAAUUGUUUUUACUGUUUAUACAUACUUUUCAGACUGCCUUUCUUUUUGUAAUUUAUGGAAGGUUUGUAAAUGAAUGAUCAAAGCUUCCCCAUUGUGUCUUCAGAUAAUAUUGUAAAUUACUGUAAGAUACUGUGUGCUAGAUUGUAACAAUUAAAAAAAAUAAAUGGCCUAAAUUUGUGGUAAAGUACUGUGUGGGUGUGUGCAUGUGUACAACUGUUGUGUAAUAUAUUUUAUAUAAAUAAAUAAUUUGAUAUUUUGUA